AUGGCGCGCGGAUCGCUGGUCAAGUGUUUCACCGGUCUCUUGACGUUGCAAAGUGCCUUGGGUACUCCCGUCAAGAGUGGGGAAUCAUGGUCGUCAGACUACCCUUCCAAGCCCAUUCUGAAGGAGGGCGAGUUGGGUGCUGUCGCCUCGGAGAGUGAUAUCUGCAGUCAUAUCGGUAUUGAGUUAUUGAAGUUGGGUGGAAAUGCCGCAGAUGCUAUGGUCGGUACUGUAGCAUGUGUAGGCGUGGUCGGCAUGUACCAUUCUGGUAUUGGCGGAGGGGGUUUCAUGCUUGUGCGUGCACCAAAUGGGACAUAUGAGUUUAUCGACUUCCGCGAGACAGCACCAGCCGCUGCAUUUGAAGACAUGUACAAGAACAAUGAGGACGCCAGCAUCAAUGGCGGUCUCGCUUCUGGAGUGCCAGGUGAAUUGCGUGGCCUUCAACAUCUUCACGAGAAUUAUGGUGUCUUGCCAUGGGCCACUGUGCUCACUCCAGCUGUAAAAGUGGCCAGAAAUGGCUGGCGAGUGAACGAAGACCUGGUCAAGUACAUGGCCUCUGCCACCUCAUCGUCCAACUUCUUGGUCGAUGACGUCGAGUUUGCCCUUGAUUUUGCGCCGAAAGGACGUCUACUCAAGCUCAACGAGACCAUUACGCGAAAACGUUAUGCCGACACGCUCGAGACCAUUGCAAAGGACGGUCCAGAUGCAUUCUACAGUGGUCCUAUUGCAGAAGCCACCAUCCGGGCACUUCAAGCUGCCAACGGAACCAUGACCCUCGAUGACCUCUCCAAUUACACUGUCGCCAUUCGCAAGCCAUCUACCAUAAACUACCGCGACUACAAGCUCACAGCCUGUAGUGCACCCUCAGGAGGAGAGGUCGCCCUCGCCACACUUAAGAUUAUGGAAGGCUAUUCCGAAGUCGGCAACCCAGAAAACAUCAACCUAACUACCCACCGCCUUGACGAGAGUAUGAGAUUCGCCUACGGCAUGCGCGCUGAACUAGGCGACCCCCUGUUCCUCGACGGCAUAGAUGCAUAUCAAGAGCAAAUGCUCUCUGAAGCUACAGCUAAAGAGAUCCGCUCCAAGAUUUCCGACACAAAGACUUUCGACGUGGCCUACUACGACCCCGCUGGUCUCGAAUCCCUUGAAACACCCGGAACUAGUCAUAUUGUAACUGCAGACAAGAGCGGCAUGGCCGUCACACUAACGACAACGGUGAACCUACUCUUUGGAAGCAAGCUUGUCGUCCCAGAAACUGGUGUGAUCAUGAACAAUGAGAUGAACGACUUCAGUAUCCCGAACACGACAAAUGCUUUUGGAUACAUUCCGUCGCCUGCGAACUUCAUUCGCCCCGGAAAACGCCCUCUUUCAUCCAUCUCCCCUGUAAUCGUUGAACAUCUAAACUCGUCAUCCAUCGCGAGCGCUUUCUACGUCGCUAUUGGUGCUGCGGGUGGCAGUCGUAUCAUCACAGCUACCAUCCAGAACCUGAUCCAUAUCUUGGAUGGAAAGCUGACAACGGCAGAGGCGCUAGCUGAACCGAGAAUUCAUGAUCAGUUGGUGCCUGCCCAAGUGAGCUUUGAGUAUGGAUUCAACAAUGGAACCACGGCUUUCUUGAAGGAGCUGGGAAGUAAUGUUACCUGGGUCGCGCCUGGUUCAAGUACAGCACAGGGUUUGAGACGCUUGACAAAUGGAACGUUCGAAGCUGCUGGUGAGCCUAGACAGAAGAAUAGCGGUGGAUUUGCUGUCUAG